AGUAGUUGCAUGUUACUAUGCGCUUGCAAAAUCUGUCACAGCCCCACUUCAGUACCUUGCCAACAGGAGCAACGCUAACGCCAACCCUGUGUGUCGAUCAUUUGUCGCAUUGGAUUGGUUAGACGGCGGCAAUUCAGGGCUCAACUCAGCUAACCACUCUCCUGUUUCCCCGCGAUACAAAAAGCUAGGAGAAAAUAGUUUCCUUUUUUAGAAUCUGCGUCUGUAAAGUUGUUGAAGCUUUUUUUUUUUAGUAUUAACCAGUCUUUGGUUUUGUGCGCGGUUUUCACGUUUCUUCCAACGCCAGCCGGCUACACAGAGGCAUCAUAAAGAGCAGGAUGUUGUCUAACGUUAUGUGGGCAAACGGAGGCUUUGGCAGAGCUCAUGCCAACCUUUUGCGCGAGCACAGCGUUGCAAGUCAGUUUCACUUUCAGGAUGGGAAUACUCCAGACACAGCUGGAACAUGACUGCACAAAAAAAAACCCUGUAUCCUUUGCGAUGCUGCAGCAUUCUUUCCGUGUGUAAUGUAUUGCCUGUAGCGCCUUAUGGGGCAGCAUCCCUCUGAGUGUGGGAUACCAUGGAGCAGCUAGAAGAGGAACUUACGUGUCCAGUCUGCUGCGGUCUCUUCGAAGACCCACGGGUUUUGCUGUGCUCACACAGCUUUUGCAAGAAAUGCUUGGAGGGACUCUUGGAGGGGAACCGAGGUCCCGCUUUCAGAACCCCUUUGAAAUGCCCAACAUGCCGCAAAGAGACCCCUCACAAUGGCGCAAACAGCCUGCAGAUCAACUACUCUCUACGCGGAAUAGUGGAGAAGUACAGCAAAAUAAGGGUUAUGCCUAAGAUGUCUGUUUGUAAACAACACUGCAGCCAGCCUCUAAACAUAUUUUGCGCAACGGACUUAAAACUAAUUUGUGGCUUUUGCGCAACAACAGAUGACCACAAAGGGCAUAAAUUCUGCUCCUUGGAAGAGGCAUAUGAACGAGAGAAGGAGGCGUUUGAAGAGCUGCUUCGCGGGGUGGAGAGCUGGCAGAGCGCAGACAUCCUGUCCUGCCUGGAGACACUACAAGCCAGUAAGAAAAAGGCGCUUCAGUCGGUGACCAAGGACGCAGAGAAGGUAACAGACUAUUUCGACAAACUCAUCAGUGGCCUUGAAUGCAAAAAGAAUGAGAUCCUCUCCGAUUUCGAAACACUGAAGCUGGUGGUGUUGCAAGCAUACGACCCGGAGAUCACCAAGCUGAGCGCAGCGAUGGAGGAGCACAGACGGGCGCUCAGCAUCGCUGAGUCUUUCAGGAGCGUCUCCGACCCCCUGUGCUUUCUGCAGCAGAUGCAGGAGUUUCGGGAGAAACUGGGGGUCCUCAAGGAGACUCUCCUGCCCUCUCAGAAAGACAUGGAGGUCGGUCCACUUGUGCGCAAUUUCGAUGUCAAAAAGUGGGACUCGCUGAGGCUCAGAGAAGUGGACAAGAUCUCGGUCCCCCACGAGAAUGGCUCCUACCGAGCGGGGGGCUCACGGAUGGCAGUGCCGAGAUGGAUCACCUUAUUUCUGAGUUUGUUUCUGCCGACCUGUCUCCUGCUGCAGCUGCACAACCUUGCAGCCUACGUGCCUUCGCAGGUUGAGCCAUUUCUCACUACAGUUUCCUCGCACCUCGCUCACACUGGCGUCUACCUGCAGGAAAUGACUGGCGUGUGCACAAGUUUAAUGGGUGCAGGUCAGGAUUGUGUCGUGAACCUAAUUGACUCUGCUGUCAAUUUUAUUGGCAGUUGUAAGUUGUUUAAUUAUUAGCCUGUGGCAUCCGUGCCACACACUCACAGCUACAAAUGAUCCAUGUCACCCGUGAGGUGCAUUAAACUAGUGACAGAUAUGCACCUGUUUAUUUACUGUCUUUUGUCUUUGCUUUUUUUUGUGCCAAAUCUAUACCUCAAUGAAGCCAUAGAAUCAAACAGAAUCAAUCCUUUAUCCACUGAGAUUGUAUCCUACAUUUACAUCAGAUAGACACUAAAUCCGUAUUUCGAAUCUAUUUUCUCUCUUUUUUUUAAAUACUAAAUGACACUUUUUUUUUUACUUGUCCAUGAUGAUCUUGCAAAAAUAAAACUGAGAAAUGUAA